CUCACUCCAUCAAACGGUCAAUACUCCACUAACGACUACUUCCUAGAGAGAGAGAGAAAGUCAGGUCCUUGUGAUUUGUGGUAGAGAGAGAUGGAGGGAAAGGAAGAGGAUGUUAGAUUGGGAGCCAACAAGUACUCCGAGAGGCAGCCGAUCGGCACGGCGGCUCAGGCCGGUGACAAAGACUACAGUGAACCGCCACCAGCUCCUCUGUUCGAGCCGGGUGAGCUGAGUUCCUGGUCGUUUUACCGGGCCGGAAUAGCCGAGUUCGUGGCCACUUUUCUGUUCUUGUACAUCACAGUUCUAACGGUAAUGGGCGUCGUCAAGUCCCCAACUAAGUGCCCAACGGUCGGAAUUCAAGGCAUCGCUUGGGCCUUCGGUGGCAUGAUCUUCGCCCUCGUCUACUGCACCGCCGGCAUUUCAGGAGGACAUAUAAAUCCGGCGGUGACCUUUGGAUUGUUACUGGCGAGGAAGUUGUCGUUGACUAGGGCAGUGUUCUACAUGGUGAUGCAGUGCCUGGGCGCCAUAUGUGGUGCUGGUGUUGUGAGGGGGUUCAUGAAGGGGCAAUAUGAGGUUCUUGGUGGUGGGGCCAAUUCUGUGGCUCAUGGUUACACAAAGGGCGAUGGGCUUGGUGCUGAGAUCGUUGGUACCUUUGUGCUUGUCUACACCGUUUUCUCUGCCACUGACGCCAAGCGUAGCGCCAGAGACUCCCAUGUCCCGAUUUUGGCACCAUUGCCAAUUGGGUUCGCUGUGUUCUUGGUACACCUUGCGACCAUUCCUAUCACCGGUACUGGUAUCAACCCGGCUAGGAGUCUGGGGGCAGCGAUCAUCUACAACAAGGCCCACGCCUGGGAUGACCAUUGGAUUUUCUGGGUGGGACCAUUCAUUGGUGCGGCACUAGCAGCUCUGUAUCAUCAGGUCGUGAUCAGGGCCAUCCCCUUCAAGUCCAAGUGAUGCUUUCAUCAAAUUCCAUGAUCCUUUAAAUUGUGGCCUUUGAUGUGAAUGUUUCAAGCAUGCAGACCAAGGCCCUUUGAGUCUAUCCAUUUUUCUUUCUUUUGUUUCUCUGCGAAUGUAUUUGUGUAACUUAUCUACGUGGGAUGUGUAUGGCAUACUCUCAAGCACUUAGCUUUUAAUGUAAGUCCAAGAGAGGAUGCUAGUGGGCCCACCAAAAGUUGUUGGCCUUUUGGAUCUAUUGUAUUUGUGUGGCUGUGUAAUGUAUAUUUGUCAUAAUAGCACACCCUUUUCUCUACUA